AAUCCCAAGAAAUUUCAUUUUUCUUUAGACAAGAAUCCAUACAACCAAUUAAAGAAAAUAUAUAUUUCUUGCAACAUAUAGCAAACAACAAACUUUAUUUUUAUUAUAUAUUAUACCUAGCUAGGGUUUUCCUCUUUUUGGAUAACCUAUUUAGGGUUUUUUUCAUCAAUUUGACAACAUUUUUUUCCUUCAAAUUUAUGUUUUAGGGUUUUUCAUUUUAGAAACACAAAUAUAUAAAUAAUUUGAGAAAAAAAAAAUGGAAGAAGUGAAAGAAGAAACUCAAUUACCACCAGGAUUUAGAUUUCAUCCAACAGAUGAAGAGCUUAUAACAUAUUAUUUAGUGAACAAAAUAAAUGAUGCUAAUUUUACUGGAAGAGCUAUUGCUGAUGUUGAUCUAAACAAAUCUGAGCCAUGGGAUCUUCCAGGAAAAGCAAAAAUGGGAGGAAAAGAAUGGUAUUUUUUCAGUCUACGUGAUAGAAAAUAUCCAACAGGAGUAAGAACAAAUAGAGCAACAAAUAGUGGAUAUUGGAAAACUACUGGAAAAGAUAAAGAAAUAUUUAAUAGCAAAAAUAAUAAUAAUAAUAAUAAUUUAGAAUUAAUUGGGAUGAAAAAAACAUUAGUUUUCUACAAAGGAAGAGCACCAAGAGGUGAAAAAUCAAAUUGGGUCAUGCAUGAAUAUAGAAUUCGAUCCAAAUCUUCUUAUAAAACAAACAAGCAAGAUGAAUGGGUGGUUUGUAGAAUUUUCCAAAAGAGUGUAGGAUUGAAGAAGUACCCUACUAGCCAAUAUUCAAGGGCAACCUAUUCUCUCAACAACACUCAAAAUAAUGCAUCAAUAAUGUCAUCACAAAUGAUGCAAUUACCUAAUGAUCAUCAAGGGUUCCAAUUGGCAAUGGGAAGAAAUAAUAAUAAUAAUAAUAAUUACAUGAACAAUCAUGGUCAUGAAAUUCAAGAUGUUAAUAAUAGGGUUAUAUUUCAAAGUGGUUCAUCAAGUAUGAUCAACAAUUUCCCAACACAACCCCAAAUGAGUUACAAUAUUACAAGUUAUGGAGGUGAAAUGAAUAAUGCAAAUACAAGUUAUGGAGGUGAAAUGAAUAAUGCAAAUACUAUGAAUAGUGGUGUCAUGGACCAUUGUGUUGAUUUACACAACUAUUGGACUACUUAUUGAUCAAGAAGAAGCCACUUUUUUAGGCCUUGUAUUUGGAAGUAUUAAAUUAAUGUUAAUUAGAAUUUAUGUAAGUUUGGCACUAGUGUUAUAAUUAAUUUCUUCUACUUAGGAAACAAAUUGUGUUGUAAUGUUUAUUUAGGAGUGUUAAUUAGUACUUUGUGGCAAAGCCACUUAAGAGUUUUAUUGAAUAAUCUGUGUAAUAUAGUAACUAACAUAUCAAGUGUAGUUUUAUAUGUAAAGUUUUUAAAGAGA